CACGUGCUCUCGGUCUUUUUCGGUUAGCUUUGCCGAAGUGCGGUGGUGUUCUGUGCUCAGCGCGGAUGGACGAGGAACAUCGAUCAUUUACACAAUAAAACUGCGACAGCCUCCAAUAUCGUCCUGCGAAGCGAGACACAACAAUGCCGGCGUAUUUCCAAAGACCCGAGAACGCUCUGAAAAGAGCUAACGAGUUUCUCGAAGUUGGUAAAAAGCAGCCUGCUCUGGACGUCCUCUACGAUGUCAUCAAGAGCAAAAAGCAUCGAACAUGGCAGAAGAUCCACGAGCCGAUCAUGCUCAAGUACCUGGAGCUCUGCGUGGACCUGCGCAAGAGCCACCUGGCCAAAGAAGGCCUUUACCAGUACAAGAACAUCUGUCAGCAGGUGAACAUCAAGUCUCUGGAGGAUGUGGUUCGUGCCUACCUGAAGCUUGCAGAGGAGAAGACUGAGACAGCCAAAGAGGAAUCUCAGCAAAUGGUGUUGGACAUCGAGGAUCUGGAUAACAUUCAGACCCCAGAGAGUGUACUGCUGAGCGCCGUGAGUGGAGAGGACACUCAGGACCGUACCGACCGCCUGCUGCUCACUCCAUGGGUCAAAUUCCUGUGGGAGUCGUAUCGCCAGUGUCUGGACCUGCUGAGGAACAACUCUAAAGUGGAGCGCCUGUACCAUGACAUAGCGCAGCAAGCUUUCAAGUUCUGCCUGCAGUACACUCGCAAGGCCGAGUUCCGUAAGCUGUGUGAUAACUUGCGCAUGCACCUGGGACAGAUCCAGAGGCACCAUAACCAGAGCACAGCCAUUAAUCUGAACAACCCAGAGAGCCAGUCCAUGCACCUGGAGACUCGAUUGGUGCAGCUGGACAGUGCCAUUAGCAUGGAGCUCUGGCAGGAAGCAUUCAAGGCAGUUGAGGAUAUCCAUGGACUGUUUGCCCUCUCUAAGAAGCCCCCCAAACCCCAGCUGAUGGCCAAUUACUAUAAUAAGGUGUCCACGGUGUUCUGGAAGUCGGGUAACGCCCUGUUCCACGCCUGCACGCUGCACCGCCUCUACCAUCUCUCCAGAGAAAUGAGGAAGAACCUCACCCAGGAUGAAAUGCAGAGGAUGUCGACCCGUGUGCUUUUGGCCACUCUGUCCAUCCCCAUAACCCCAGAGCGCACCGACAUCGCCCGCCUGUUGGAUAUGGAUGGGAUUAUUGUGGAGAAGCACCGCAGACUGGCCACUUUGCUUGGUCUGCAGUCGCCACCCACCCGCCAGAGCCUCAUCAACGACAUGGUGAGGUUCAACCUUCUCCAGUAUGUCAUCUCUGACAUCAAGGAGCUGUACAGCUGGCUGGAGGUGGAAUUCCAUCCCCUCAAACUUUGUGGACGUGUCACCAAGGUGCUAAACUGGGUGAGGGAUCAGGCAGAGAAGGAGGCUGACCUGCAGCAGUAUGUUCCUCACUUACAGAACAACACCAUUCUCAGACUUCUACAGCAGGUGGCUCAGAUCUACCAGAGCAUCGAGUUCAGCAGGCUGGCCACCCUCGUGCCGUUUGUGGACGCCUUCCAGCUGGAGCGCUCCAUUGUUGACGCUGCACGUCACUGUGACCUGCAGGUUCGUAUCGACCAUACGUCCCGAACCUUAAGCUUCGGCUCGGAUCUGAACUACUCGACCAAAGAGGACUCUCCGGUGGGACCGUUCCUGCAGAACAUGCCUUCGGAACAGAUCCGUAACCAGCUCACGGCCAUGUCCUCUGCUCUGGCCAAGUCCAUUCAGAUCAUCAAACCGGCCUCCAGUCUGCAAGAACGGGAGGAGCAGCGUCAGCAGGCCUCGGCGGCCUACCUUAAAAAUGCCCGUAAGGAGCACCAGCGCAUCCUGGCUCGUCGUCAGACCAUCGAGGAGCGCAAGGAGCGUCUGGAGAGCCUGAACAUCCAGCGUGAGAAGGAGGAGCUGGAGCAGCGUGAGGCCGAGCUCCAGAAGGUGCGCAAGGCCGAGGAGGAGCGCCUGCGCCAGGAGGCUAAAGAGAGGGAGAAGGAGCGCAUCAUGCAGGAGCACGAGCAGAUCAAGAAGAAGACGGUGCGCGAGCGCCUCGAACAAAUCAAGAAGACCGAACUGGGCGCUAAAGCGUUUAAAGACAUCGAUAUUGAGGAUCUGGAGGAGCUGGACCCUGAUUUCAUCAUGGCCAAACAGGUGGAGCAGCUGGAGAAAGAGAAGAAGGAGCUACAGGAGCGCCUAAAGAACCAGGAAAAGAAGAUCGACUACUUCGAAAGGGCGAAACGUUUGGAGGAAAUCCCCCUGAUUAAAAAAGCCUAUGAGGAACAGCGCAUCAAAGAUAUGGAGCUGUGGGAGCUCCAGGAGGAGGAGAGGAUCAGCAACCUGAAAGUGGAGCGUGAGAAAGCUCUGGAGCACAAACAGAGGAUGUCCAGGAUGAUUGAGGACAAGGAGAGCUUCGUAUCUAAAAUAACGGCCGCCCGAAGCUUCAUCUACGAGGAAAAACUGAAGCAGUUCGAAGAGCGCCUGGUCGAGGAGAGGAAGAAACGCCUCGAAGAGCGCAAGAUACAGCGCAAGGAGGAGAGACGAAGCGCCUUCUACCGCCAGAAAGAGGAGGAGGCUCAGAGGAUCCACGAGGAACAGCUGAAAAAGGAGCGCGAGGAGCGCGAGCGUCUGGAGCAGGCGCAGAGGGAGGAGGAGGAGCGCGAGUACCAGGAACGUCUGCGCAAGCUGGAGGAGCAGGAGAGGAAGCAGCGAGCCAGGCAGCAGGAAAUAGAGGAGCGUGAACGACGCAAGGAGGAGGAGAUGAGAAGGCCCCAGGAGGAGAAGUCCAGCAAACCUGGAACAAUCUUGGUGCCACUGCAGGACUGGGGUGAAAAGGAGGAAGGUGGCUGGAGGAAGCGUACAGAGACCAAUGAUUCUGAGUGGAGACGCCCCGUUCCUGACAACAGAGAUUGGCGUCAAGAAGGACGUGAGGAACCUGAGCGUGAGGAGCGUGAGCCACCCUUUAGAAAAAGCGCAGAGGGUUCCCGCCGUGGACCUUCAGAUGACCGAGGUCUUCGCAGGAGCGUCGAUGACGACCGUGGUCCCAGGCGAGACUUUGAUGAAGAGCGUACGCUCAGGAGAGACCCCGAGCUCGGCCCCAGACGCGGACUGGACGACGAUCGCGGACCUAGAAGGGGAUUCGACGAUGACCGCGGUCCUCGACGCGGCUUGGACGAGCCUAGAGGCUCUAGACGUGGUGAUGAUGACUGGGGUCCUAGAAGAGGUGGUGAUGAUGAUCGAGGCGGAAGGAGGGGAGUUGAUGACUCCAAGCCUUGGAAGCCUUUGGGCAGGCCAGGUAGGGAUGGUGGUUGGAGAGAGAGGGAGAAGGCCCGUGAGGAGAGCUGGGGUCCUCCACGUGAUUCUGGUACUCGUGAUAACGAUGAUGAAAACGAAGAAGAGGAGCGCCAUGACGGAGAACGUUUCAGAGAGCGUCGUCCGCCCAGGGAGGAGGGAGCCUGGAGGAGAGGUGGGACUGACGAGCCCAGCAGUUGGCGCGACAGUCGGCGUGACGACUUUGACCGCGACGAUCGCCGUGAUCGACGUGACCUCAGAGAUCGUCGGGAUGAUCGUGAGCGUGACCAUAGGCCCUCAGUCCGCGAGCACGAUGAUGGUGGCUCCUGGCGCCGCGGAGGAGGAGACGACCGUCGAGAAGAUCGCAAGGAGGACCGUGACGCUCCUCCAAGAACCCGUGAACGCGAAGGGGAAAGAAGCACCUGGCGUUCCGAUAAGGAAAAAGUCAACCCACGACGCACCAAGAACGAGACCGACGACGACGGCUGGACCAAAGUGGGCCGAUCUAUUCAUUAAUCGCAUCGGGGUUGUGACAAAAACCUCUGGCAUCGUUGUUAAUCGAAUCAUCAUAUAGAGUUAUAGUUUGACAUGUCGCACCAAGCCAAGAGUGAGAGCCAUUCGUUCUUUUUCAAAAUCAUUUGUGACCAAUUCUACCUUCGAAGUACAUCGUUCUGCUUUUUUUUUUUUUUUUUUUUGCAUGCUUGGAGAAUUUAAUUGAUCUAGUGUAAAAUUGUGUUUCCUCGAAACAGUGGGUGAGCAGAUGCUAAGUGAAAAAUAAAUAAACAAAUACCUACGUAAUAAAUUAAAAUGACGAGACACAUGAUGAUAAAUCUGGCCUGGAACUCGGUGUGAUCCUUUAUCAGCGCUCGCUGCAGCUCUCGUGGAUUGUGUGCUUUUUAGAAAUAUGGAAACUUUAUUAAUAAAGUCAUUUGCUCAACAAA